AAAUUGGAAAAUCUACUGCGAUGAUCAUUCUUCACUUUCAUCUACAACCGCAGUUCAAAUAUGAAUUAUUCCAUAUAUACUUCACAGUCUCUCAGCUAUAGAUCAAAACAUUCUUGUGUGGUAUCCCACACUAUUGUCAUCGGAUCGUGUUCGUUAAUACAAAUGAGGUAUCCCACACAUGUACCCUUCGGGACCCAUUUUUGUUAAUUAUUCACGUUGCUGCGAAGGCUUACGUGAAAUUGACGAAAACAGACCAAAAUCCAUGCCUUUGCAACCUUUCCAGCUGACAAAACAAAACAAAGUGGAACAUGUUUUAAAAUCCCAAGAGAAGCCCAACUGCAAGAGAAUUUUUAUUGUAAAUUCAAAUUUUGGGGAAAUAAAUUACCGACGUUCAUUAUCGCGCCUACUCACAUGGGAAAACGCGCGAAAAUUGAAAUUGGCGAACGUCAACAAUGGAUAAUUUGAUAAUUAGCGCAUGUUGUGGAAUUUUCACGUGCGUGCAUUUGCGCGUGGAAGAACUGAAAUUUGCAAAUAUGAAGAAGCCGAUCAUGUGUUCCAGAAGCUGCAGAAGUUGAAUUAGAAGAAACUGAAGCAGAUGAUACUUGGGUAAGAACAACUUGUUUUCCCUUUGGUAAAAGCUAUAAAACACGGGAAAAUAUUCUACUCAUGAAUUCCUGGGCCUUUCAUGCAGGCUGCAAAUUACAAACGUUUUGGUUCCAAAGCAUUUUUGGCGUCAAAGCAUGAGGACAUCUGGGUAAAACGAAAGAAUGGUUGGGCAAUUUUACCGGCCUCGCCCUAGAAAGCAAACUGUAGUUAAACCUCUGCUUUAGAAAUGCGUCUGAAACAAUACUAAAACCAUUUUAGUGUAGGGAGCUUAAACAACGACGACGGCGACCCCGAGGACAACGUCCAGUAAAAAAUGAAUUUAUCUUUUACCGUCGAAUUUCGUAAUUGUCUAGAUCUGUUCAGUGCGCCUAUGGGCCUCAGAACUUGCUCAAGCUAAAUAGGUAAUGUCAGCCGUCGUUCGCGUUCUCUAAAAUACGCAGAACUUGGUCGUUUGACGUUGUUGAUGUGCAGAGGACUGCAAAUUUAUAACGCUCGUGUACAGCCAUUGUUCUACUCAUUAAAUCUUUUGUUUGGUAGCGUUCUCGUUGCCGUGACUGUCGUGGUUUGCUACAGCUCUCUAAUAUCGAUGACUAACCUUCGUGUUCAUAUUUUCAGAGUUUAUACAAUGUCUAUACAGCGAACGUUACUCGUUUGCACACUAGUGUGCAUUUUGGUUGUACACGUGAAUGCCUGGUGGCCGUUUUCCAGUUCGUCUUCCGAAGAGGCUAAUACAGAACAAGGUAGUCAUUUAAAGGAUAGUUCAGUGCCGUUUGAAAUGACCACAGCUGAGGAGAAAUUUCUGGCCCAAGCAAGGAAAUACAUGGGGGACCUCACCCCGCUGGACUCGUGUCAUCAGAUUGUCAUCAACCGAAUCAAGAAAUCCUGUGGCGAUAUCAAUGAAGUUGAACUAGCUAAGCUGGGCGUGGCACUCUUAAACUGUCAAUCAAAAUCCGAGGGAAGGAAAACAUACGAGUGCACGGAUGAGAUGGAAUUAAGACAAUGCACAGCUGAAAUGGACGCCAACACGUGGAACAGUUAUCACAUCAUUAGUAACAGGGCGCGAUCCAUCUGCUACGCCACAAGACAACAGCAGUUCAGAAUGAAGACAGAAUUCACGGUCAAUCAACUGGCUAACCAAGCGGAAAACCAGAUGAAUCUAAUGAACAACUUACAGGAGAGUCAAAGGCGGAUGACAGAAGUGGCAGAGGAUACCGUGAUUAAAGUAGCCGCUGGACAGGAACGCCUCAACUGGCAGCAGCAGCAACUGCACUCCAACUAUGAAGAUGUCCAGCGGUCUAUCUCAUUCUCUCUCAAAGGAAAUGUGAAAGCGUUACAUCACGAGAAGGUGUUGAUAGAUAGCGGUCGACGACAGCUCAAGGAGAUGGCGAAAACGGUCAAGGAAAAGCUAGAAAACGCAACAAUAGAAAUUCAGAAGCAGGAUGUGGACCGUAAAAAGAGCCACAGAAGAAUAUUAGAAGACUUAAACAACAUUCGCAACAAGGCGGAAGAAGUAUGGAAUAAAAUUGACCACAGUACUCUGCAGAUGAUGUCAUUCCACAGUGAGACCACGCAACACUACAACGAAACUAUGGAAAAUCUAAAGAUCAUUAACGACACCAUCACAUAUCUACUUCAGGUAACCAAUCAGAUGCAAGAAAAGAUCGAUGACAGACUAAGUUGGUUGACGCAGUACCUGGGAGGAACUGAGGACAAACUAGCGCUGGUCGCCACGUGUUUGUUGCAUGCCGGAUACUUCCUCUCAGCGACCCUGUGUAUUUUGUUCCUCAAUGCUCCUCUAUUCACGCGGCUUGUUCUGUUGGUCAUGGUGCCGAUUAACGCUUGGACCGAAAUACAUUUCAACUCCAGUUUAUCUUACAGCUCACUGUCGUGUCUACUCACUUUGGCUUUACUUGGAAACUGGCUGUACUUUUACCUAAGAACAAAAUAUUUUCGCUCCCACGGGAAUCUUCCCUGUGCCCCUCCUUCAUCGCCUCUUGCACUGAAUUCACAGCCUCUUGGCAGCAAUGUAAUACAUUGUUAUCAACAUAAAACCUCCAGUGACGCAGAAGAUGAGUUAAAUUUAACAAACAGUAUUGAGAAUCUGGACAAUUCAGUCGUACCUUCAACACCUCAAGGCCAUGUUGGAAACACCAAACGCCAGCUGAACCUAUCCCUUCCAGAAGCAGCCUCGACCCCAAGUAGAAAAGUGACCACUCCACGUAGGCGCUGUGGUGCUCAAACAAAAACAGGUUCAGCUUGUAAGAGAGUGAUCGCUAAUGGAAGCUUAAGAUGCAACUCACAUUCCCGGAUAGAAGCUAGUUACAUCCCGGAUGAGUGUUAGAAACAGGAACGGAUAGAAACACUGU